AUGCUUGGUGUGGACCUUUCUUUUGCUGCUUUUUCUAUCAUCGAAGGCAUGGCUGCCCACAAGUAUUCGCUGAAACGUCCUGCGUAUGCAGCAGCGAGCAUCGCCUUUGCUGGAGGUGGCGUGGCUCCCCCUGCACUCGAAGACGCAAUCAGCAACGGCAAGAGCAAGCAACAACAGCAGAAACAACAACAACAGUGGCCGCUAGCCGAGCUCUCCCUGUUGACUAUCAACCUGUUUAAAAAAGACCUGAGCAGCAGUCAGAUGUUUGAGACGGGCCUUGCGUUGCAGACUCUCUGUUGCGUCUCUCUGUCCAAAGAGAUGGUUGGGGCUUUGUUGCCAGACGUGCUGAUGCUGCUGAGUUCAUCGCGUCCGUAUAUCCGGAAGAAGGCUGCGCUGUGCUGCAGCUGCUUUCUGCUGCAGCAAUUGCGUGAGCUGCAGCAGAUGCAGCAGCGUAAGAUGCAGCAGCGGCUGCGUCUGCCGUAUGCAGGCACCGCUGCUGCAGAGGAAGAAGGCGACACCGCAGUGCUACAGCAGGUGGUGCAGCGCAUGCAGCAGCAGCUGAUGCAAGAGCAGGAUGUGGGAGUACUCUGCUGUCUUGCGACCUCGCUGUUGCAGGCAGCAGCGGUGGACCCCCACCCCUUUCUCCCCCUAGUGCCUCCUCUUUUCCAUUUGCUGUGCAGCAGCAACAGCAAUUGGUUCAGUAUUAAGCUUCUGCAGCUGUUCUUGUUGCUCUCCGCUGUUGAGCCGCGGCUUCCCCAGAAGCUCCUUCGUCCCCUAGCCACGUUGCUGCAGCAAACAAAAGCGAAAAGCGUUGAGGUAGAGGCGAUUCGCCUCGCUCUCUUCUACGCCCCCAUAGAAACUGCAGCGACUGCUGCAGCUGCCUCAGCUAGCCAGGUUGCGACUGCAGAGCAAGCAGCGGCAGCAGCCAUGACUAAAGACGCAACCACCGCAAAUGCGAAUGUCAGGACUGCCAGUGACAGUGGGGGGGGACUAGAGCAACAGCUCUUGCAGCUCGUUUGCAGGAAGCUGCAUGCGCUGGUGACGUCUCCCGACCCUAAUGUUCGUUUUGUGGCUUUAGACGUGCUGAAACAGACGUUCCUGAGGCGGAGACAGCUUGUGCAGCCUCUGUUGCAGUUGCUGCCAGAUCUGCAGCAGCACAUGCUGCAGAGCGCCAAGUCUCUGGAUCCCACUGUACGAAGGGUGGGAGUUUCUCUGCUGGCGACUGCUGCCUCCCCCGCAACCUUUCCUGUUGUCUGCGAGAGGCUGCUUGCGGCUGCCUUCGAAGCAGGGAGCAGCAGCAGUGGCCGCAAGUCUUCGCCUUCAUCAGGCAGCUCUGCCACGGGAAAUUCAGCAGCUUCCUUCGUUAGCUCCGCUGAUUUUAUUCUUCCAGUCGUGCAGAUGGCCUAUGAGAGCGCAUACGAGUUGGUGGAGGACUUUGAGUGGUACGUGGCGGUGCUUGCCGAUGUAGCCUGCAACGGCAGCAGCAGCAGCAGCAGCAGCAGCAGUGACGCGCCUUUGGCUGCUGCUGUCGCCCAGCAACUUGUGGAUAUAUCCGUCCGUGUGCCGGAGGUGAGGCCCUGCAGCACGCAUCUUUGCAUGCUGCUGCUGGAGGCAGCGGCUGCUGCAGCUGCGAAGCCUAAGGUGCGAGGCAGCGCCAGCAGCAGCAACAGCUUGCACUUGCUGAGGGCACUCAGACAGCAGCACCGAGAAGCACACAUUAGCAGCAGUGCUCUAGGGGAAGACGACCCCGGAGCCUUCCGUAACAACAACUCCACGAGCGGUCCCAGCAGCAGCGGUACGGCCGCCGCUUCCCCAAGCCAGGUGUACAUACACCCCGACAUUGUCCGUGCCGCUGGCUGGAUCAUUGGGGAGUAUCACCAGCAGCUGGCGAAGGGCGCCGACUACGCUACGACGGGCAUCCGCUUCAUUGAAGAUGCUGUCUCCUGCCUUCUCACGCUGGUGCUGCUGUGGGCUGCCACCAAGGCCUUCCUCACGCUGACAGCAGUUUCUAGAGGCGCAUUGCGGCUGCAGCAAGAGCAGGGCUUGCAGCAGCACGCAGAAGAUUCAGCUGCCGAGAGGGAGGCAGCGGCAGCAGCAGUUCAGCGUCUGAAGCCGAAAAUCCAGCAGGCUACGCAGCAUGCUCGAAGCAGCACCGACGCAGAACUGCAGGUACCAGCUGAACUGGAUUUGGAGAACCCUUUCCUAGACGCCGCAGCGCUGCAGCAGCAGCUCGAUCUACGCCUGAGACGUCAGCAGCAGCAGCAACAGCAGCAGCAGAUGGCAGCAAGCGCAGGAGCAGACGCACUACCGCAAAACAGCUCCUCCUCCUUUCUCUCCUCUUCCUCCAUCCUGCUGCCGCAGCAGCACAAACAACAGCGACAGCCUCUAGAACAACAACAAGCAUCCCCGUGGGCAGUCUCCGGCAAGAAGAAGUUCAGUGUCAUCAAAGGGGCUAUUGCACCUGGCAUGCACGUUAAGGACCAUGCUGCACUAUCACCGACUGCUCCUCUUCCCCCCACGCCUCCCCCCCUCUAUGCAGGGCAUGCCGCUCGCCAGCAGCGAACUUCCCCACAAGCAGCUGCCAACGCAGCAGCUGAGACUCCGUGUGCCGUUGAGAAACGUGAUCAGCAGGCUUCCCAGCAGCCGCAACAGCUCUGGUGGAGCGUCUCAGGCGGAGAUUCUGCCGUGCAGCUGCUCACCUCCGAUUGGCAUCUUAAGCACGUUGAGGCUGAAAGGGGGUGCCUCUGUGUCUCCGUCUGCUGCUCCCCACAAAGCCUCCCCAUAAGCGCAAUCGACCAUGUUUAUUUGCGCAUAAAGGCCUGCUCGGAGGCUGCUCCUGCUGCCUCUUUCUGCUUGUCUGAUGUCUCCGCUACUCUCUGCGAAAAGCUCUCCGAACAGCGCAGCAACGCUGUAAAGUUGGAGGUUCCUGUCUCCAUCAGUGCCCUGUGGCAUGCUGCUCGGGAGGCUCCAGCGGCUCUCGCUUUAAGAGGAGUUCUCCACUACUCCCUUGCUGCUGGCUCUGCUCUACUGCAGCCUUUUGACAGCCAGCAGCAGCAGCAGAUAGAGCAAUGUGAAGUUCCCGUCAUGCUAAGAGUGCCAUUUUCUGUCCUUUUACGACCCCUUCAACAUACUCCCGAAUCCUUGGGUAUUCUGAUGGCUGUAAGAAUAUGUGUACCAACACCAGACACCACAGGGAGGGGGAUUCGCGCGAGCAAGCGGUUCUUAGAGCUGCUAGGGCAGGCAGCUAAUAUGCAUCUGGUGGAGGUGCAGGAGUCGAAUACAACUGCAGCAACUGAAUGGACGCUGAAGGCGCUGUUUGUUGCGGCAGUCAGGAGCGACGUGCAACAGCAGCACCAGGAUAUUGUAUACGUGGCGCUUGUAAGCUUAUCUGCAGCAGCGGCAAGGGAGGGUGCUCUACAGAUCAGUGUUGCGGUGAAGGGCGAGGCGCAAGACACAGUAACUCUUGCGGAGACAUUGAAGCAGCACUUGGAAGUUAUCACAAGUGCAGCCGCAAGGGGCCUCUACACUUUUAGUCAAUCGAUAUGCGCGUCCGAAGACGUUGACUGCUCCAGACAGCCGUUCACCCCACACCCUCCUCCCGAGGCCGCCUGUUUGUUCCAAAGGGCGAAAAGCAAAAUAGAGGAUGUGAAACACGGAAAUAGCCGUUCAGAGACUGCAGGUACUGUCGAGGCAUCAGCCUGCAGAGGCGUAAAGAAGCUUGAUGGCCAGAGGACUCGUUUCGCCCGAACUAGGACGCCUAAGCAGAUUAAAGAAAUUCUUUUGGGGGGUGGCGUGUAG